AUGUGGAUUUAAUGGUGGAGCGGCGCAGUGUGGUAGAGUGUGGAGGACGCUGGGCUGUGUGGCUGUGGCUGUUUAGCUCGCGAGGAUGGGAGUCCCCGCAUUUUUCCGGUGGUUAUCCAGGAAAUACGCCUCUGUAAUCAUCGAAUGCCAUGAGGAGAGGCAAUACAACACUGAUGAUGGGAAACUCAUACCCCAGGACACCUCAAAACCCAAUCCCAAUGGCAUUGAAUUUGACAACCUCUACCUUGACAUGAAUGGCAUCAUUCAUCCAUGCACCCAUCCAGAAGACAGACCUGCUCCAAAGAAUGAAGAUGAGAUGAUGGAAGCAAUAUUUGAGUGCAUCGACCGUCUCUUUACCAUUGUUCGUCCACGGAAACUUUUGUACAUGGCCAUCGAUGGCGUGGCUCCCCGCGCCAAGAUGAACCAACAGAGGUCCCGGAGGUUCAGAGCAUCAAAGGAGGCUGUGGAGAAGAAAGCAGAAGUAGCUCGUAUAAGAGAAGAAAUGCUUGACAAAGGCUUUAAAGUCCCUCCUGAGAAGCCCAAAGAGUCACAUUUUGACUCAAACUGCAUCACUCCUGGCACUCCCUUCAUGGACAGGCUCUCUAAGUGUCUCCAUUAUUAUAUUCAUGACCGUCUCAACAAUGAUCCAGGCUGGAGGGAAAUAAAGGUGAUCCUCUCAGAUGCCAAUGUGCCUGGCGAGGGAGAGCACAAGAUCAUGGACUACAUCCGCAAGCAGCGAGCACAGCCAGACCACGACCCGGACACCCAGCACGUGUUGUGUGGUGCCGACGCAGACCUAAUCAUGCUGGGCCUGGCUACCCAUGAGGUCAACUUCACCAUCAUCAGGGAGGAGUUCAAACCAAACAAACCUAAGCCAUGUGAUAUCUGUGGCCAGCUUGGUCAUGAGAUGAGUGAAUGUGUUGGUGUGGCGGACGGUGGUGAAGGUGAGCCGGAGAAGGUGUUUGAAGAGACAAAGUACAUCUUUGUAAGGCUUAAUGUGCUGCGAGAAUAUCUGGAAAGGGAGCUAGACAUGCCAAAUCUUCCCUUCAAGUAUGACUUUGAUCGUGCAAUUGAUGACUGGGUGUUCAUGUGCUUCUUUGUAGGCAAUGACUUCUUGCCUCACUUACCUUCCCUUGAGAUCCGAGAAAAUGCAAUUGAUCGACUAGUCAGGCUCUACAAAGACUGCUGCUAUAAAACAGGUGGUUGGCUGACAGACAGCGGCAAGCCCAACAUGAAGCGAGUCCAGAUGAUUCUGCAAAAUCUUGGUAAAGUGGAGGAUGAGAUCUUCAGAGACAGACAAAGAAGAGAACUGGAAUUUAGAGCCAGAGAUAAGGCAAAAAAGAGAAAUGAGAGAAUGGAAAAAGAAGCUGCAAAUAGAUUUAAGAAUGAAACAGGACAAGGAGCAUUAGGUGUGAUGAAGGCUGGAGAAACUUCAGUAGCUCAUGGAGCCAAGGACGCUAUCAUGGAGCAGCGAUACAUGAACAUGAACCGGGAGGGUGGAGGACGUGGUGUGAAGCGGCCCAUAGACAGUGUGGAUGACGAUGACGAGGAGGAGAUCCCUGAUGAAGUGAGACUGUAUGAGCCAGGUGCCAAAGACCGCUAUUAUGAAUCCAAGUUUGGAGUGAGCCCCAAUAACGUGAAAUUCCGAAAGAACGUUGCUGAUGAAUAUGCCCGAGGCUUGUGUUGGGUUCUCAAAUAUUACUACCAGGGAUGUGUGUCAUGGGACUGGUAUUUCCCUUAUCACUAUGCACCAUUUGCCUCUGACUUCUCAAAUUGUGCCAAUGCAAAUACGAAGUUUAAUCUGGGAACACCAUUCAAUCCCCUGGAGCAGCUGAUGGGUGUGUUCCCUGCUGGAAGUCGCUCCCAUGUGCCAGAGCCCUGGGGUGAGCUGAUGCUGGAUCCUGAAUCUCUCAUCAUAGAUUUCUACCCUGAAGAUUUCAAGAUUGAUCUGAAUGGAAAGAAGUUUGCCUGGCAAGGUGUUGCUCUCCUCCCAUUUGUUGAUGAAAAGCGAUUAAAGAAUGCACUGGAUGAAGUCUAUGAUCAGCUGACUCCUGAAGAGAUUCGGCGCAACAAGCGAGGUGAUGACCGGCUGUACAUCAGUGUGAAGCAUUCGGCCUUCACUAGCCUCUCAGACCUCUACCAGAUGGGGAUGGAUGAAGAGAAUGAGGUCCCAAUCAGUGGCAAGGAGUUCCAGGGAAUGCAAGGUGUGGUCUUGCUGGCAAAGGAUAAUGUGAAAGCAAAAGGAACCCUGAGGAGUCCAGUGCAAGGGAUGGAUGAUGUAAAUGACAACCAUGUGGUCACAGUCAGGUAUCGUAAUCCAAAGUACGCUGAGGACUUCAUAUUCCCUGCCAGAAAGUUAAGCAAUGCCACAGACCCUCCCCGUGUUCUCAAGCCAUCAGACCUUAAAGGAGAAGACUCAAGAAAUUACCGUCCAUCUAUUGGUUUCAACCGAAACAUGCCCCGGGCACACCUUGAUUCCUCUGGUCAUCGAGCUCUGGGCCACCUCCUGCCGAACCUUCGAGGUGGAGGGCUGUACAGCCACAACGUGCCCCUCCUGAAAGGUGCCCGAGGAGGGCAAGGGCUUCUUGGUGCAAGUCCAGGUCUGCUUCCAACUCCACCAAGAUCUGGAGGCUUCAUGGGCUCUGGGCUAGAUGAUGAAGGACCCCUCAUGGGUUCUGGAAUGACAGGUCAAAGACCUCCUCUAACACCAAGCUCAGGAGCAGGAGGCCUCUUAGGAUCAGGACCUGAAAUGCAAGGAUUUCCUGAAGACUAUGGAAAUGCUCCUGGUCACUACACCAACCGAGGCCGCGGAGGAGGUCAUCAAGGCCAGUAUGGGUCACGUGAUGGGAGGGAAAGCCAAUGGAGGCCUGGUGGCGGUGGUGGUGGUGGUGGUGGUGGUGGUGGUGGUUCUGGUAGCAGAAGCCUCUUGGGAGCACCUCCAUCAUUCUCCUUCCCUAUGAUGAGCCAGUCAUCAAAUUAUCACAGCAACUCCAGUAGGAGUAGUCAAUAUUCAGGAAAUGGGGGAGGAUACAACCAGAACUACUCCAGCAGAACGAAUUAUGACAACAGGUCACAGGGGGGCUACAGCAGUAACUAUAGCAGAUCCAGUAACUACAGUAGCUCAGGUAAUUAUGGCUAUAGCACUGGAAGCAGUAGCCAUCAUUCCAAUAACAAUCAUGGGUACAAUACAAGUAAUAACUACAACAGCUACAGCAGGAGCAACGUUCAAGGAGGAGGAUAUGGCUCAAAUUCUAACUGGAGAGGCCGAGGAGGAGGAGGAGGAGGAGGAGGAGGAGGAGGAGGAGGAGGUGGUGGUGGUAGUGGUGGUAGCAGUGGCGGGGGAUAUUAUACCUCAAGGAAUUAGUAUGUGUAGAUUGUGAACUGUUGAAAUGUGUGGUGUAAACUGUUGAUAUAUUGUUGCUUAUAUAUGGUGCAAUUUAUCAACAGUUCAUUUUGCAGAUGUCUGUGUAUCAAAGUUUAGUGUGAACUUUAGCUAGCUUACACAUCAAGUGGCCCUCAUUUAUUUGUAGAAUAGCAUCUUAGAUAAAUAUAGCAAUGGAGAAUGAUUGAGAAUGAAUAAAAAUAUGCCUGGCAGCAAAUCAUCCCUAUUUCCACCAAAGUAUAAAUGUGACAAUUAUUCUGCACGAUACAUAAAUUUCAGAAAUUGAUUUGCUUCAUAAUAAUGGCAGAUUUGAAAUGAGCAAGGCAAACAUUUUUAAGGGGAGUGGAAGCAACAAAGCAGCAGCUACACAAACAGGAUUGUUAGUCUUAUAUUGAACUCCUUGGUUUAUAUAAAUACCUCUUCUCAUCACAACAAUGCAGUGUUUCAUCUUAUUUUGAAGUAAAAAUUUUUACACAAUAUUAAGGAUCACUUGGUAUUCAUUUGCAAACAGUAUGGCAAAACCUAUGGGCCCUUUUUGUGGCACAUAUAUUAUACUUGGUAUCAGUUAUUUCUUAUUAUCACAUUAUGAAAUAUGCAAGGCUGCUUGUUAAAGUAGUUUAUAAUAAAACAUUUAACAAAAUAACAAACCACACAGAAGACAUUAGCAAGUAAAUUUAUAUUUGAAUAGACAACUCUUCCAGAAUUAAUCCUUUUUGUAUAUACUUUGACCUUGCUGCUGCAAAUAAAUGAGGGAUAAGCUAGUGUUGAGAACUGGGAUAAUCCAGGAUUGAUAUACAAGGCACACAUUUGCAGAGUACUGAUGGUUUUAUGUAAGAAAAUUUACUAAAUUUGUGUGAAGUAAAGAUAAGUUGUAAUGAGUGUGAAACUUGUAAAACGAAUGUACCAAUCAAUAGUUUGAUUCUUAGGAAAAUGGUUUUGGGCUGUAGUUAGUGCUCUUUGGGAGAUUAACAAAUAGUAAACACUGCCCAUGAAGCACUAAGUAAAAAGUAUAUAUUUUUUUUUAAUAUACUGUUUUCAAUGUAACUUUUUUUUUCAUCUCAUUUAGUGAUGACAGUUCAGUUUUGUGGUGAAGGUGAUGUGCUUCACCUUGUAGUUGUACUGAUAUCAAUUAAAUCCUUGGGAAAUAAUAACUUAGACAUUUCUUUCAAAUUCAUGUGAUAAUUUAAAAUUUUAGUCUUAGUCUAAAUGUUUCUGUUAAACCUGAAAUAUAUUUUAUUUUUAGAGAUGCUAGUCUUUUGAAUCUUACUUGGUAAAAAGGAAGAUAUCUGAAUUUCAUACACAAUAAAAAUGGAGCGUACAAAGGAUAGGGCAAAAAUUGACUGUGCCACAUUGUGUAGUUGACUACCAGGGUAAUUAGUAAAUGUCUCAUUAUUUUUUACAAUGAAAGUAUACAGCACUACUUUAAUUUAUAAUAAGUUACUGAUACAGAAAUGUUGCCCAAGUAUAUGCUUUGGACUUUUGAUUAAAAUAUUCAAAUUGUGAAAGCUAUAUUUUGUAUGUGGGAUUUCCUGUUAACCACAUUAUAUAUGGCUAAAAAAUAAACAAUAAAAAAAAAAAAAAUUAGAAGAAAAUUGAAGGAAUAUAUCUUUACAAAGCUUAAAGUUUUUAAUACUAAAUAGGGAACACACGUGAGGUACUGCACUACUGACCAAUAAGUGGGCUUAAUGGAUAACUGUCAGGGUAAAUUAUAAAAACAUGUCUUUGUGAAAACAAUCAGUACAAAGCUUUGUAAAUAUAAUAAAGUGUAUUCUUUCUGUCA